AUGCCAGAUCUCUACUGGUCAGGUUAUAGUCGAAGAUCAAAUGGAUAUUUUGGAAGUGAGACGUUUCGCGAUGAUAAUGGUGAUAUCACAUCAUUGAAUACAUGGUCGCGCUUCCUCGCAAAGCAACUACACGCCAACUCCCACGAAUGGUAUAAAUUUAACAUUUUCACCCGCUGGAUCGCCUCAUCACAGAAAACAACCCUGGUCAUCUUCGAAGUUCCCGGUAAACAUCGUCUCAGAAAAGUGUUUCCUACCUCUAUGCAUAACGAAACUCUCGGCGAUCCAUUCUGGUUCUACCUCCAUCUUUUAGAGCAGCUAUCCACCCUACAAGACAACAGCGUCUGGGCCGUCCGUGACCGUGUGCGCGGUAUCGAAACAGAAGAGAACAGCAAAAAGCCGAAUCCCAAGUACAGGUUUAUGCACGAUACGGCUAGACAUGCUAUUCACGUCUCGGAGACAUUGGAGGUGGCAGAGAAGACUGUUGCUUCUAUUAUUGCGCAGCACAAGUCUUUUCAAGAAGAGAUGGGGAAGGGUGCAGGAUAUCGACGUGUUGGAGAGCGAUUACUGUGGUACGACCAUAUCUUCUCCAGUCUCCGCCAUCGCGCCAGCGCAAACAAAGAACGUCUGCUCAACGAAGUCCAACUCGCCUUCCACAGCGUUGCGCAGUACGAUUCUCGCAUCGCCGUUAAGAUCGGCAAAGCGACACAAACCGACAGCGCAGCGAUGAAGACGAUUGCCUUUGUAACACUAACAUUUCUACCGGCGACGUUUAUUUCUGCACUUUUCAGUAUGUCGUUUUUUAAUGUGAGUGAUGAUACUGGUGAGUGGACUGUUUCGAAAGAGAUUUGGAUGUAUUUUGUUAUUGCGAUUCCUGUUACUCUUAUCACGGGGGGUGGAUGGUGGUUGUGGCAGAAGAGUUUUCAACCUGUUUGGAUUGGGGAGGAGGAGGAGGAGCGGAAUACGCUCAGGGAUUUGAGGAGGAAGAUCAAACGUGGGGAUAGUCAACGGGUCGAUAGUUAUGAGAUGGCCUAG